CUUCUUCCUGGAAUGGGGUCCAAGACUUUCCAGGAUGGGAGAAAGAUGAUCUUCCUAGAGUAAGAGACAAGAUUUUUCUCUGAUGCCCACCUAGCAUCUAGAUGCCAGGUACACUUUCCUUGAAGCCGGACCUGAGACGCCAGUCACCAUCGGGAAGGCGGGGGAACCCCUCCUCAAGAUUCUCCACCUCAGCACACCUCUCUCUUUGGAAGCUGCCCUCGCCUUCUUCUUCUGGAGGGGCCGAAGAGGAGGAGGUUGCAGAGCACUGGAGGCGGGAGAACGAGAGACUGAUCUGGAGAGACGCCUCCUGGAAGUGGCCCCCCCCAUCCCUGGUUAACAGGCUAGUAGCCCCCCAGCACCGGAGGGCCUGGCAGCAGCUUCGGGCUUGGGUGUAUUCACUCCUAACAGUGUUGGCAGAGUCUCUGGGACUCUGACCAGCAGGACAAACCAGGCCCCGGGUCCCCUCGCCCACGUCCCUGCAACCCCAGUUCUUACUUCCAGGAUGCUGAAAGCCUCUCUCAUUCAGCCCCACCUCCAGCCUCAGCCCCUCUGCUCUGGCCCCAGUGACAGGGCUCUCCAUUCUUGGGACUUGGGGGCCCCUGUAGAGGGCUACGGACAAUUGGCUCAGGAGGAGGGGGGCCGAGCAGAUUCCCCGAGGACCCCGGCUCUUGGGGACCCAAAGGGAGAGGAAGGGCGGGGACUCCAGGGUAGAGACAAGAUCCAGCUGGAGUCCGGCAGCGCCAAUGGAGGCCUGUCCCCGCCUCCACCCCCACCAUGGGGCCUUCCCACAACCAACGGCAGGAAGGUGCCUGUGAGAGACCCCGACCAGGACUGGAGAAUGGUGAAGAUACAGCAGGUCAUGAUUUCCGACCCCAGCCCUACCCUGAAACCAACUCUGUCCCGGAGUGCCAGCUUCACUGAGAGAGAUCUGAAAGAGGCCAAAGCCCAGAGUCAGAGGAUCGCCGCCCAGCUGACCACCCCACCCAGCUCCAAUUCCCGAGGGGUCCUGCUCUUUAACAGGCGCAGACAGAGGGUGAAUGAGUUCACCUUUGAGAGCCGCGGGAGGAGGGAGCAAGCCCCCGCAACCAGGGCCGGCCCGGGGGCCCCUCCCCUGAAGAGCUCGGGCAAUGCCCCAGCACUUCAACUGAGAGCAGGAUCGCAGAGCCACUCAGAGCUCAAGGAUUUGCUCGUCUCCCGAGGGCCAGGGGGCAAGGGGCAAGGGGGCAGCAUGGAGGAGUUUGGAGAAAACCCGGGAGCCCUUCGAAAGGCCGAGGACAGCUCAACCCACGGAAACCUGGAACGGUCCUCCAGCGAAGAGGCCGAGGAGAUCCCCUUAGUGGUGUAUCUGAAAGAAAACGCGGCCUUGCUGACGGCCAACGGGCUGCACCUGACGCAAUCCAAACAGCUUCAGGACGAUCCUCCGCCGGCCGACGCCAAGAUAAAUUCCCCAACCACGGAUCAGAGUUCACCCGUUGUCAAGUCCGACACCGCGGCGGCUGACAUCAACCGGAACCCACCAGCGACCGACGACAAUAAGAACGUGACAGGGCCCGACAGUCAGACUCCACCUGUGGCCAACCUACCGUCAAAAGCCCCGCUGGACGACGCCCAACCCGGCGCCCUGAUCGUCGACAUAAAGCCCCACGCGCCCGUCACCGAAGUCAAGUCCAACGCUCCCGGAUCCGACCUAAAACCCAACACGUUGGUUAUCGACGUAAAGCCAACCGCCAUCGACGUGAAGCUCAGUGCUCCCAUUCUGGACCCCGGAUGCAACGCCCCGGCCGCUGACAUCAGAUCAAACUCCCUGAUUAUAGAUGUCAAGUCCAUUGCCCUGGUGGACAGGGAGCAGGCUGGGCCCACCGCCAACGAGGUGCCCCACAAGCAGUAUAGCGAAGUCCACCUCACCCUGUCCAAACCUCAGUCCGUUGUGAACAGGACGGCGAGGCCGUUUGGGGCCCAGUCUCAAGCAGACGCUACCCUGCUGGAGCGGAGUCCCAGGUUGGAGAGACGCACUGUGGCAGAGAGAAGCCCCGCGGUGGAGAGACGCGCUGUGGUACAGAGAAGCCCCGCGGUGGAGAGACGCACUGUGGUAGAGAGAAGCCCCGUCGUGGAGAGACAUACGGUGGUGGAGAGACAAAGUCCGGUAGUGGAGAGACAUUCUGUGGUGGUGGCGGCGGCGAGCACUCCCGUGGGGGAGAGGCCGGCGGUGAGGGAGACGAGACCCAUGGCAGCGAGGGGCUCGGUGCUGGAGAAACGCCCCGGAGAGGACUUUACUCCACCGCCCACCUACGCAGAGACCUUGUCCAGCCCUCCCCCGGUCUCCAGAGUCAGGUCCCCUCCCUCUUACUCAGCUCUCUACCCCAGCGCCGAGCACAGGGCUCCCGUUCUCAAAGGACUGACCUACGGCGAGGGCGGCCCCGUCCCGGCCGGGAAAACCGGGAUCCUGGAGGAGGCCAUGGCCCGCCGGGGGAACCGGAAGUCCAUGUUCACCUUUGUGGAGAAGCCCAAGGUGACGCCGAACCCGGACCUUUUGGAUCUGGUUCAGACCGCCGACGAGAAGCGCAAACAGAGGGAGCAGGGAGAGGCGGGGCCCGACGAGGAGCCCUUUGAGCUCGGGGCCGAAGCGUCCAACUUCCAAAACGAGGCUCUGCCUAGGGAGAGGGCCAGCCCCUCCUCCGAGGACGCCCUCCCAGAGUGGUCUUCGUGCCUCAAGUCCCCCAGCAUCCGGGCUAGGCCCCAGCUGAAGCCGAACCAAAACCUGACCGAGGCGAGCGGGAAAGGGGCCGAGCUCUAUGCCCGGCGCCAGUCCAGGAUGGAGAAGUACGUCAUCGAGGCCCCCGGGCAGGCCGACCCGGCCCGCUGCCCCUCACCCACCAUGUCCCUGCCUCCCUCCUGGAAGUAUUCCACCAACGUUCCCGGGUUCCCACCGGGGUUCCCGGGAAGCAUCCGGAUCCCCUCCCGGAGCCCGGCCAGGACGCCCCCGGCGUCACUGUACCACGGAUACAAGCCAGAAAAUGGAACCUCGCGCCGUGAGGCGGAGCCCCCCAAGCAGCAGCCGUCUUACCAACUGCAGCCCUCGCUCUUCGUCCUCUCCCCGUCCCGAGAGCCCUCGAAGGCCUUGCCGAGAGCGGCCUCCCCGUGCAAGCCGGGCUCUCUCAACCUCGAUGUCACCGGAGGGCUGACGCCCCGCCCAGGUUCUCCCUUUCCACCUUCUCCGGCUCUCCCCAGGGCCAUCCGCUCGUCACCAGGCCCUUACGCCUCCCCGUCGGGCUCAGGGUCGCUCACCCAAGAUUGCCUGACGGCGGCGGACGGCCCGGCCUACAGCCGCGACGUGUCCCCGGUGUCCCCCUCCAGGGCCUGGUCUCCUCGAGCGAAAGGCCCCGUCUCCCAAGCCCCCCGGCCGUCCUUCUCCACCAGAAACGCCGGCAUCGAGCCUCAGGAGAGAUGUGAGCCUGUGCCCGCCUCACCCACGCGGUCUCUCCGCCUCUGGAGGCCCCCCAGCAGCCUGGAUGGCUGGGUCAGCCCGAGCCCCCUGGAGCGGCCCCCGGUACGAGCGCACGGGUCCCCGUCCCCCAGCGAGCGGUCCCUGUCCCCUCCACGGCCUGAGGUGGAGCCCAAGAUGGCCAGCCGACAGCUCCAGGCCCUGCUGGCCCGCAACAUCAUCAACGCUGCCCGCCGCAAGAGCUCCUCGCCCGCGUCCAUAAGGCCCCACGUGUCCCCACAAGGCCCCCCAGGGCAUGGCACCUAUGGGGACCCCCGGCCGGGGAGCAGCCCCUCCUCACCCUCCCGGAGCUCCAUAACAUCCCCGAGGGCCUGGGGAGACGGGCUCCGCCAAGGCCCUGGCCCUGGGGCACCCCGGCCGGGGGGUAGCAGCCGCUUCUCACCCAUCUGCAGGAGCCCCUUGCCGUCCCCCGUGGGCCCCCGAGGUGGGGAGAGUCCCAGGACCCCGGCCCUCGGCAGCCCCCUGCCCUCUCCCGGCCCUGGGUCACGCGGCCCAGCCCGGGCCUACGGCAGCCGGUCCCCCACGGACUCGGACGUGUCCCUGGACUCGGAGGACUCUGGGGCCAAAUCCCCGGGGAUCCGCAGCUACAAUAUCUGCCCGCGCGGCUGGAGCGGGGCCCUGCGGCUCAAGAGGCCCAGCCUCCCUUCCCAGGCCUCCUGCACCUCCUAGGCUGGUGGGGAACCGCCGGGCCGCAGAGCCGAGAGCCCAGAUGGUUAGCCCCAUCUGGGGCCGGUUGGUGUCUGGGCCGGCUAAUCCCCAUCCUGGCCGGUCCCUGGGCCAACCGAUGUCUGGGCAGGCUGGUUUGGACAGCUGUGACCUCCGAGUCCCCCCCUCACCGCCCUGUGCUGACUUCGCUUCUGGGCAGCGAUGGCCAUCGGUGAGGAUGGGACUCCCCGGAUGAAGGUGACUCAAAUCCCCCGGGUGGGGACCUGCCCUUCCUUCCAGCUGCACCCUCUGGCCAGACCUUCUGACUCUGCGGUCCUUUAGGCCGAGCUGCCCUGUGAAUCUGCACUGGAGAAUGUCCUUCUGCGGCCUCCCGGCGGAUAAGGCCUGCCAUCCCCCGGGGUCACCAUCCUGGGAUCACGUCCCUGCAGACCUGCAGAUUGGGCCCCCAUUGGAGAGCUGGGCAGAGCAUGUGGAAGGAGACAAGGGCCAAAAGCUGCCCAUGACCAUCCUCAAUCUGCCAGGCUUAACUCCUACCCCUGCCUCCCAGCCGGGCAGGAGGCUCCGCAGGAGGCCUGGCUUGGCAGAAGCACGGCUCGGUGUCGGGUGUUUUCCACACACUUGCCCCCUCCCGCCCCGACCGCAGCCUCUAUUUUUACACUCUGCCCUUUUAAAGGCAGGGGAGCCGACCAGGCCCUAGCCCAACGUGCCCUGUUGGUGGGUCUCGAUGCCCCCGGCUCCUCUCCUGAGCACACCUUCAGUCCCGGCCCCUGCCAUCUGUGGAUUUAGUCGUCACCGUGGUCACCCGGGGCAGCUGGGCUAGCCUUCCCCGUGGGAGCUGGGAUAGAUGUCCCAGAGAUGCCCGAGUUGGGCAGAGAGAAGCAGUGGAUGAGGAGGCACUUUUUUCUGAAAAGGCUGGAAACUCAGCCGUCGCUGCCGCUACUGUCACCACCGCUGAUGGGUGGGAGGUGGAUUCAGCCCCCUCCCCCCCACACCAUCCUUCCUCUCGCACCCUUCACCUAAAGCCCCUGAUACCCUGCAGGGGGGUGGGGGGAUGAGGGUCACAAAUGGAGGGGGACCACCAUAGCUGUCUCCCCCUCCCCUUCCCCAUCUCCAUGGGGUCCAAGGCUCCUGAGUGACCAUCAGUGUCCCGCCCCCACUCUCACGCGAAUGUGCACAAACACACAUGUGCACAAGUGCUACUUGGUAGCUGCUUCCCCUGGCACCCGCCCCCUCCCCGGCUACCGGCCCUGCCCCAGGAGGGACCCCGGCUGUGCAUUGAGCUGCCCAGGGCCCAUCACCCCACUCCUGUCCCGCUGCUGCCUCGGAAGUUUUUCCCUUCUGUGACCUUGGCUAAUCCGGCCCCUGAAAGUGGCAGGGUGGCCCAGAGGAUGCCAAGUGGCCAGUAAACUAGCCCAAGCCCAUGGCGCCCCCUAGAGGUCCAGCUGGCCACCCAGUGGGGUCAUGGGUACGGGGCUGAGCAGCAGUGACCCGAGUCUAUGCUUUCCCCCUGGGAGAGGAAAGGUACCUGAAAGGACAGGUGCGAUCCCAGCCUACUGGGAGCACUGGGCUGCAAGUAGUCAGAAAGGCGUUGGGAAUGUAGCUAACAGUGAGAGCGGGAGGCUGAUGGGGGUUAGGC